AUGCUCAAAAAUAUAAGCAGGGUCCGAUUCAAUGGAUUAAGAGCGUUCUCUACAUUCAGAUCGCUACUCAAUGAAUUAACCGGCAAUAACACUUUCGGGUCAAUUCUAGGCCAAGAAUCAGGUGCUGGAAACUCUAGAACUAUUCCACAAUCAUCAACAAUUACGGCUAAUACUAUAAAAACUAAGAAAAACACCAACAUGAAGACUCUCAAACACAUUCUGCAUUGCAAGUUUAGGAAAAACAACACCUUCCUUACGUUGACGAAAGUGGAAGUGGAUAUGAACUAUGAACAUAACAAUCCAAACGAAAGUUUCAAUGAGAAAGUAUUAUAUUAUUUGACUUUACCACAAAAGGUAAUCCUAUCGCAGUCUACAGGAUACGUUGGAUUUCGAAAGGCUCAAAGGGGUGAAUAUGAGGCCUCAUUCCAGUUAACUUCGCAUAUAUUUAAACUUAUAAGAGAAAGACACAUGUUGGAAGACGGCCAGAGUUUGGAGAUCGUGGUUAGAGAGUUCGGCAAGGGUAGAAAAGCAUUCUUCGACGCUUUGAAGGGCAAAGAAGGAAUGGGUAUCAGAGACAAUGUUACUAAGUUGAGUGAUUUGACGGCUAUUAAAUUUGGUGGUGUCAGAUCUCCUUCAAGAAGAAGAAUUUGA